AUGUCUGAAAUCGACAACAUCUUCGCCUUCAAAGGGAAGGCAAAAGCGUUAACCACUCCUCUCAAGGAUGCUCCUACUUCCUCCAAAGUUUUGUCCAAACAGGACAAGAAGAAGAUGAAGAAGAAGAUGAAGCAAAAAACGGUAGCAUCUGUAGAUGAUUUCAAGGCCGAGAAGGCUACACCCGAGUCGUCCUCAUCGAAAAAGCGACCUCUUCCGGAGACAGUCGUGGACAGCUCCCACAGCUUGCAGGCUCCUUCUAAACGGCGUAAAGGUGACUCGAAACGCAACGACGACCACAGCUCCAAGUCCACAACAGCCAGUAAACCCGGAGCUGAUACAGAAACCGAUUUCAAGAACUCCAGAGGAACGAGUUCUCGUAUGGCUCUCAUCGCCCAUCCCGACGCUUCGCUCAUCGUUCUCCCUUAG